CAGCCUGAAGGUUUGGGUUAAAUGGGUAAGGAAGGUGCUCCAAAACUGAUGCAUCCAGAGGUGGAGGAGAGAGGACACUGGGGGAGUAAGGUGGAGUUUCUCCUGGCUGUGGCAGGAAAUGUUGUUGGCCUCGGCAACGUGUGGAGGUUUCCUUACCUCUGCUACAAAAAUGGAGGGGGUGCAUUCUUGGUGCCAUAUUUUGUAUUUGUGGUGACUUGUGGGGUACCCCUUUUCCUGCUGGAGACAGUAGUUGGUCAGUAUACCCAGGAAGGCGGCAUCACAUGCUGGAGGACGUUGUGCCCACUUGCAGAAGGUAUAGGCUAUGGUGGCCAGCUAAUUCUUCUCUACAGUUGUAUGACUUACAUCAUUAUUCUGUCGUGGGCUUUAUUCUACCUGGCAUUCUCCUUCAGCACCCAACUCCCGUGGGCCAGCUGCAACAACUACUGGAACACAGAUGAGUGUGUAGACUUUUCAUCAGGAAAUGAGACCAUCCAUUGGACCAACAAGACAAAUUUGACUUCUGCAGCCACCGAAUUCUGGGAACGACGGGUGCUGGCUAUUUCAGGGGGUAUUGAAGAGUUGGGCAAUAUCAGGUGGGAGGUGCUGUUGUGCCUUAUUGUGAUGUGGGUGGUCUGUUACUUUUGCAUCUGGAAAGGUGUCAAGUCAACAGGAAAGGUGGUGUAUUUUACUGCCACCUUUCCCUAUGUGAUGCUAAUAAUACUUUUGAUUCGAGGACUCUGUCUACCUGGUGCUUUUGAAGGAGUAGUGUUUUAUCUUCUGCCCAAUCCAUCACGACUUACAGACCCUCAGGUGUGGAUGGAAGCUGGUGCUCAGAUUUUCUUCUCAUACAGUGUUGGUGUGGGUUCCCUUACUGUGCUAGGCAGCUACAACACAUACAACAACAACUGCUACAGUGGUACCAGUAUUGUAGCUGGGUUUGCAGUCUUCUCUGUGCUGGGAUUCAUGGCUCAUGAGCAAGGUGUUCCCAUUGCAGAAGUGGCAGAAUCAGGUCCAGGUUUGGCGUUCAUUGCAUACCCUCAGGCUGUAGCCAUGAUGCCCUUUCCCCAACUGUGGUCCGUCUUCUUCUUUGUCAUGCUUAUUCUCCUGGGACUGGAUACACAAUUUGUGGCCAUGGAGGUGGUGAUGACAUCCAUCAUAGAUAUGUUCCCAAGAGUUAUGCGCAGGGCAGGACGGCGGGAGUGGUUCCUCCUCAUUUUCUGCCUAAUUUGCUUCUUUUCUCAGCUCUUCAUGAUCACCGAAGGUGGAAUGUACGUGUUUCAGUUAUUUGACUACUACGCAUGUAAUGGAACCUGCAUCCUCUUUCUCAGUGUGUUUGAAACUCUAGCGUUGGGAUGGGUAUUUGGGGCAGAGAGGUUGUACAACAUCAUAAAAGAUAUGACUGGUGUUCAUCUGAACCCACUCUUCAAGAUCUGCUGGCUCUAUCUCACUCCGCUGGUCUCACUGGGAUCUUUCAUAUGUUCUUUAGUUGAAUACCAGCCUCUGACCUUCAAUCGUUGGUAUGUGUAUCCAUCCUGGGCAUAUGUGCUGGGAUGGGUUCUGGCUCUCUCCUCCAUCCUGCUUGUUCCUGGAUGGGCGUUUUACAAACUGUGCACUGGAACUGGGACCCUCAGUCAGGACUUAUAA